AUGCAGAGCGCUCGAAAGUGGUUCGGCGGCGGCGUUGGCGGCCCAGCGCCGGGGUCCCAACCGGGGCAGCAGCAGCAGCAGCAGCAGAAGCAGGCCUCGGGAAGCAGGCCAACUGCGGCUGGAUCAGCAGGGACAUGGUCCAGCAGGGACGGACAGCUUGACGGGGCCUCUGGAGAAGACACUUGCAAGGCGGUCCACCAGCAAAAGGCCGCCAGACCCGGUAGCGGCAAUAGCGUCGGCGCCCGCGCCCAGCCAGCUGGAAGCAAAGGCACAGCCGGGAGUGGCAGCAGCUGCACCAAUUCCAGAGGCAGCACCUCUGCCAGGACAGGUACCGCUGCAGCGCCCAUGGCUUCAGCCUUCAGCGCCCUCUUCAGCGCCCAGGCUGCCCCCGCCACCCACUCGGUCGCCCAGACUCAGGCUAUGGCGCAGCCCCAGGCCGCUGUCACAGGCACUACAGGCGCUGCUUACAAUUCCUCCUCGACUUCCUCCCAGGCGGCCGAUUCGCCUGUCUCUCUCCUCUCCACGUCCUUGACUCUCUCACCAUCGACCCAACCCGCCACGCCCCUCGACUCCUCCUCCCAUCACCAACACUCUUCCGACCUUCUCGACACAUCCGCCCGACACUUUUCCCACGCACACUCUUCGGCGCGCGACUCUCUCUUGUCCGCCGCGCUUCUCGACUCCCUCCGCCGCCACGACGACAUUGACCUGGUCGACGACGACCUUUCCGACACAGACAUGACGACCGGUCCCAUGGGCAUGGGCCGCUCACGGCAGGACUCCUUCGUGAGUGCCGGCCCGAAGCCCAUCUCCGUCAACAACCAGAACCGCGAUAGCGUCAACCGCAAUCGCAGAGAGUCGCUCGCUGGCAGCCUCGCCAACGGCAUGAGCUGGGCUGGCAUGUCCUUUGGCAGCUUUGUCCGCGAUGACAUCAUGAUGCAAGGCACAUCCCCGGCCCAGUUCGGUGCUGCCGGUGCCCAGCCUUCCUCAUCUUUCCACUCCUCGUCCUAUCUGCCCAAGCUUGAAGCCAACUUCAUGAGAGACUUCACAUGCUGCGGCAAGACCCUCCCCAACCUCCACGACUUGCUUCAGCAUUACGAAGAGGCGCAUACUCAACCCAGCCCCAAUUCUUCUCGCAACAAUGCUUUUAACCAAUUUGGCGGCCAGAUGGGCAUGCCGGGCAACUCACAAAUGUCCAGCUCCAGGACUACCCCAACUCCCGGUCAGGGCAACAUGCAGGGUCUCGGCCAGCAGCCCGGUCAAGCCCAGGGCGGUCUCGACAGCGUCCAGAUGAACGCCCUCAACGCCAACAUGCACGAUGAUAUGGAUGCUGUCGCGGACAUGGAGAUGGAUGAUGCGGUUGGGACCAUGGAGCUCGACGACAGCUCUCGAAUGACGCAUACACGGCAGAUGUUUGGCCAGCAACAGCGACCUCAGCUCGACAUGUCCAAUGCCGGUUUUCCCCAGGCUCUUCGCACAUCGCAGCCCACCACGCCGGCCGUGGCUAGCUUCGGCCUGCAAAACAAUCCCACCGUCUCCUCCGUUAAUACCCCCACUCUUACCACCCAGCAGCAACAGCAGCUCUCUCAAGGGGGCGCGCAAAUGGAUGGUAUGGACGGCAUGGACGGUGACUUGCCCGGUAUGCCCAUGGGCGGCAACGGCAACGCUCUCGGUGACAUGGACUUCUCCAACGGCAACCCUGAAGACGAAGACGGCGAGAACUUCUGCAUCAACGAUCCUGGCAAGCAUCUUUUCAGCCCCAAUGGCGCUUUCCCACCCGGCAACGCCAACAACCGUACGAUCCAGGCUCAGCUCGCCCAGCUUGGUCUUACCCAGGGCCAGUUUGCCGACCCCGAGACAAACAAGGCGCUACUCCAACGCCUGCAGACUAUGAUGAUGCCGGAGGAGCACAAGCCAUUCAAGUGCCCAGUCAUUGGCUGCGAAAAGGCAUACAAGAACCAAAACGGACUCAAAUAUCACAAAGCUCACGGUCACCAGACGCAGCAGUUGCACGAGAACGGCGACGGCACAUUCUCCAUCGUUAAUCCCGAAACCAGUGCGCCAUAUCCUGGGACUCUCGGCAUGGAGAAGGAGAAGCCAUUCAAUUGCGAAACAUGUGGCAAGCGAUACAAGAACCUCAACGGUCUCAAAUACCACAAGUCUCAUUCGCUACCGUGCAAUCCCGAGUUCAAGGCACACGCUAUGGCUGUUGGGCUGAACCUGCCUGGAAUCACUGAGGACGUCCCACCUCAAUGA